GUUCCCGGCAUGACGUCAUGUCCGGUGAGUGAGGGGCCAAUGGCGGCACAGGAAGUGAGCGCAGACACAGUCGUUUGAGUGUGAUGAAUACGCUCUCAUUCAUAUUGAAUUUUUUGAAAUUGCGUUUAUCUGUUGAGGGUGAUAAUCGCCACCCCGCGCCCGGGAUAACAAGGACUUGACACCGACGCGGAAACAGCGGCUACGCGUCGUUAUGUACCGCGGUUCUAGGCCGCACAGAGGCGGCUAUCAUCCCCUCCCGUCGCGUGGUUUCGGUUCCCGUCCUGGACCAGGCCACCCCCCGGAUCCGUACCGCCGGCCCUCCCCGCGGAGGAGGUACUCACCGGCCGAUGAAUACCGAGGAGGGAGACCUCCGCGAGCCUAUGGGAGAUACAGCCCAUCACCUCCUCGUGGUGGUCUCCCUGUAGAUCACAGUCUGGUUAUAACUGUGGGGAACGAGCUGACCCAUCCAAGCGAAGCGCCCUAUGUCCGAGAUUAUGCCGCGGGGGAGUCACAUCAUAAGCCCUAUUACUCUCCAAGGAAGUCGAGCUAUGAUGGACACAGCGAUCGAGGUUCGAGGAGGCGCAGUGUUAGCCGCGGGAGGAGCAGGCCGCGGAGCCGCAGUCCUGGCUACGGGCGCAGCAAAAGUCGCCCGCGCAGCCGCAGCAGGAGUCGGAGCUACAGUCGCGGCAGGAGUCCCGAACGAGCGAAGAGCCGAGCGCGCAGCAAGAGCAGAACCCGUGGGAGGAGCUACAGCAGAAGUCGAAGCAGAAGCGGAAGCCGCAGUCGCAGACAGAGCAGGGCCAGGAGCAGGGCACGGAGCAAGAGCCGGCCGCGGAGCCGCAGCCGCGAAAGGAGCCGCAGCAGGGGGAGGAGCAGAGGGCGGAGUCGUGCUAGGAGCUGGAGCCGGAGCCAGAGCGCCAGUCGGAGCGGAAGCAGUAGCAGCAGCGGCUCCAGUAGAAGUCGCCACAGCAGCGUCAACAGGAGAGUCAAAUCAGGCGACUUUAGGGUGAGAGAGGAGGACUUUUCUGAGCUGGAGAAGGCCAGGCGACGGAAAGAAAUCCAGGACAUGCUUGUGCAGCCUGCGAAGUCAAUUUUGAAGAAAAGAAUGGAUUCUUCCGAGACCGAUUCUCCUAUGCUAGUACAGAAUAGUGACUCCUCGAGAAAUCCAGAUGGUGGUCUUUCACAUGAGGCUGAACAGCUUCUCUCCGCACUUUCCAAAACCAUGGAGCCAGACUUGUUAGCAUCCAUGCUGGGUAAAAGCUCUGAUAGUGGUGUUCUUGAAGAGCUGAUUGGUAAAAUCCAACCAGCCAGAGGGGGCGGAGGUGACCUGCUCCUCCCUCACGAGAAGGGAAGACAGGAGAAAUUAGACCUCACACAAUUCCUAGGAAUGAUAUCUGAGGUCACCCAACCACAGAAUGUAAAAAAGAGUCAUCCAGAUAUUGAAGAUGAGGAGAAGUUCCUCUAUGGGGAUGAAGAAGAAGAGGGCAGUGAGGUGGCGCCAGCAAAUUCGAACUUUCCAGGUACAAGUUACCCUCAGUCUUGUGAAAUGCAAAUAAGAGAACCUUACACAUUUGGCCAUACAGUAGACAAUGUGAUGAGCCAUUCACAUAGAGACAGUAGGCAGACAGACAGGCAUCAUUCCUCCUCCACACCUGAGGUACACGCCAAGGAAGGACCUAAUAACUUCCCACCUGGAGUUGGGCCACAGGACGUCAAGGUGAGGAAAGAGGUGGAGGAAUAUGAGAAGAUACAAGAUUUGCUGAAAACAAUUGGCUUGGACCUGGGUGUGGCUGAGAUAAGCAAGAUGGCUGCCAGGACGCAGGCGCGCCUGCCUGAAACACCCCUUGUGAAGACACCAACUCGUCGGCAUUCGGAUAGAAAGCACCGGAGCCGUAGCAGGAGUUACAGCAGCAGCAGCAGCAGGAGCUCCAGUUGCAGUCGGAGUAGCAGCCGAAGCAGAAGCAGAAGUCCUCAAAGCCGAAGUGGCAGUUUGGAUCACGCUUCAAGUCGCAGCAAGAAAAAGCCAGCUUCCCCAGAAAAAAGAUCUCCACUCUCACAUAGUCAGAACAAGAAAGAUGCUCAACCUAGCAUUUCUCAAGCAGAAAGCAGCUGGCCUACCACACCCAAUGUGGGUCCUGGGUCUCAGAUGUAUCCCUCCCAAACCAGCCACCCGACACAUCCCAUGUCCCCAUACCCUGGGCCGCCUCCACGUGGGGUAAUGCCACCUGACUACCCACCGAGAGGUUACGAUCCGUAUGGCAAUUAUGUUCCAUAUAUGCCUCCGGGAUGGCCGAUGUACCCACCUCCAAGUAUGCCGGUACCUCCUCCCAGUCCAAUGGAUCCCUACAGCCACCCUAACAUUGAGCGACCCUUUCUUAAAAUCAUCAAAACUGUGCCGAACGAGAGUAAAGGUGAUGAUCAUAAAGCAACCCCUAAAUCAGAUCCUUUGGCCUCUAAAGCGAUCACUAGUGGCAUUCAGAGGAAAGAAAUGGAAGAGAAGAAUACUGCUAGCCAAAAACAAAAGGUCAUGGAAGAGCUUGAAAAGCUAAGAAAGGAGAAAGACGUAACACAAAAAGGAAAGAAAAAUCUCUUAAAGGAUGUGGAGACAUUGAGAAAGCAGCAAGGGGAGCUUCUUCGAAAGAAGCGAAGGGAGAAGGAUGGGCACAAGGACCCUGUACUCAUCGAACUCAGUCAGCUCCAAGAAAAUGCAAUGGCCCAAAUCUCUAAAUUGCGUGCUGAACAGAGAGAGGCAGAUCAAAAAUAUGAAGAGCUGGUCAAAGUAGCUCUUAUUCUCGGUAUAGACCACAAAGACUCGAAGAUCUCUGGGGACCAUGCGCAGCAGCCCCUUCAGAGUAAGAAGGAGUCAGCCAGAAGCCCAGAGAAAUCAGGGGCCAAAACCAGCACCUCAUACAAUAAGGUAGCCUCCUCAAAAUCAAGAGCGUCUCCUGAAAAACCCAAGUCAUUUCUUCCGUCGAGCUGUCAUUCCCUGGACACUGCUGCCGAGCAGUUCGAGUACUAUGAUGCAGGAAACCACUGGUAAAACUGCAAUGUUACAAGUGGUUCAAUGUUUGAUUAUUUCAUGCAUUUGCACAGCAAAACCCAUAGGAAGACUCUAGAUCCUUAUGACAGACCUUGGGCAAAAUCAGAGAGUGAAAAGAAACCCCCUGUUGGAAAGAGGACUUCUAAGCCAGCCAAAGGCUCUGAGUUCUUGAUCCCUGUAGGAUUCUUCUGCCAGUUAUGUGAAGAGUUUUUUGGUGAUCCCAUUUGUGCUGAGGCUCAUGUCACCUGCCAUAUUCACAAUGAGAAAUACAAGGCAAAAAUUUAUGAAAAUCUCUAUGAACAAAGGAGGAACUUGGACCGUCAGGCUGGCUUGGAGAGCCAAAAGAGUUCAGAGCACAAACGAAAACGUGAAGAUGACGAACAGGAUGAUGUGAAGAAAUCCAAACACAGUAAAGGAAAAAUAUCAAGCAAUGAAGUGGACACAAAACCACAGUACAACAAGGAAGAGGAGAAUAAGAAUAUCAAAGAGGGAGACAAUAAACCUAAGGAGAAAUACAAGAAAGAGGAUAUAGAUAAACAGAAAUACAAGAAGGAGGAUGAUGAAAGAGGCAAAAUAAAAGAGGAUGAGAGAAGGUACAAAAAGAUGAUGAUGAAGCGAAACCGCUUCAGAAAAGAAGAGGAAUACACGUAUAGAUACAGGAAGGAGGAAGGGGAGAGAUCCAGGUAUGAAGAGGACAGAUUUAGAAACCGAGAUGAUGAUGAUGAACACUAUCGAUAUAGAGAAGAGGACGACAGAUACAGAUUUAGAAAAGAUGAUGACAGAGGCCGAUAUAGUAGAGAAGAGGAGAAGUCAAAGUACAGCAGAGAAGAUGAUAAGAAGUACAAAUACACUCGGAGUUUGGAGAAGAAGUCAAAAUACAAGGAUGAGGACUGGGGCAAGUGGUCGAAAUCCAAGUGGGACGAGGACAAAGAUGGUAAUGAAAAGUAUGAAAAAAAGGAAGAUAAAGUUCAGCACCAGAAGAGCAAGGCUAGUUAUUCCAAAGAUGACAAGGAGAGCACAGGAAAAUUCAGUGGUAAAGAUGGCAAAUCAGAAUCAGAGAAACCCAGCGAGCCUCCUAAAAUAUUAUGCCCAAGUCCUGCCUUGCUUGCUAAACUUCAAGAGAAGAACGAGGAAGCUGCUGGUCGGCCUGGCUUUGGAAAAUUUGGUCUGAAAAAGCCACAGAAGACAGCACUGGAGAAAGAGGCAGAGAGGAUGGCGGCACAGUUCUUAAAGGAAGAGGAAGACAGUGUUCCUUCUGAAAUGGCAGAAAACAAGGGUGCUGAACUUGAUCCUUUUUCCAAGUCUAUAGCUGCUGCAAAAUCAAUUGCUAUCAAACUGACAGGAAAGGCUUUGCUGCCCCCUUCAGGUGAAUGGCUAGCAUUCAAUGAAAAUAAAACUAAUCCUACUUUACCUCCUCCCACAUCUCCCAUGGUUAUUAGGAAGUCUUACACAGGUGUGCAAAAUAAACCAACACCAUCUGCUGAUAAAUCUUCUGCACUAACAGGAGCUCAGAAGGGCCCAACAUUGUCAGCAGACCUCAUCUCUAAGGCAUUUAGUGGAGAAGAGGUGCAAUUAAAACAAACAAAGGACACCCCUGCAAACCCUGUAGAUAUCUUCAGCAUACCCAUUACCUGUUCAGUCUCCCACUGCAGCACCAAAAUGUCUGAUGUGGCUGCUCCAGGAGUGCCUGAGGAGGAGCAGAAGCUCACCGUAAUCCUUCGUCCUCCUCCUCAACUUUCUUCAAAGCCAGAGACCCGCCCAAGAAUGGUAAAGCCAAAGACAACUCUUGCAGCAGGAAAAGCAAAAGAUUUGUUUGACAUUUUCUACAGUAGCAGUGCUGCAGUAAAAACCUCAGUUUGCAGCAGUGUUGGUGACAAACAAAACUGGAUUUGCUCCUCAAGACAUCAAAAUGCUAGUGAUGUUUGCAAGAGCGGAGAACCUCUCAAGGUCAAUGACUCGAAAGUUCCCCUGAGAGAUGAACGUCUCAAGAACGAGGAGUCAGGAGUUAACUUGAGAGAAGAACCUCUUAAGAAUGAGAACACAGAUCUUGCCCAGAGAGAAGAACCCCUCAAAAAUGAGGACUCAAAUCUUACACUGAGAGAAGUAUCCCCCAAUAAUAAAUACUCAGAAGUUACCCAGACAGAAGAACCCUCCAAGAAAGGGUUUAAAUAUUUCUCGAGAGAAGAAUCUCACAAGAACAUAGACGCAGAAGUUGCCCAGAUUGCAGAACCCACUGAGAAUGAGGACUUGAGUCUUGCCCAGAGAGAGCAAUCUCUAGAAAACAAAGGCUCAGAAGUUGCCCAGACAGGUGAACCCCCCAGGAAUGAGGGCUCAAAUCUGGUCUGGAGAGAGGAAUCUCCCAAGAGUGAAGACUCAGACGUUGGCCAGACAGAAGAAUCCCCCAAAAAUGAGUCGUCAAAUGUUGCACAAAGAGAGGAAUCUCCCAAGAACGAGGACUUUGAACAAGUCUUUGAGGAUACCAUCUUAAAACAUGACCUUCCAGAUGAAGAUAAUGCAAAAGAAGAUUUUGUUGAUCAACAAGUUCUUAAAUCUAUUGAAAUCUCUGUGGGGGAUAUAACUGUGAUGGAAGUAGAUAGUCAGAACACAAUGCAGACAAAUAAUGAUGAGAACCCUCUGGAAUCUGAGGAACCCAUGUCGUUCUCUCCCCUUCCCGGGUCUUUCACUGAGCAAAUAAACUUGGAUACAUUUGAAUUCAAUUUUGAGACUUUGUAAAGGAUCUACGAAGAGUAGGUUUAGGGAUGUAUAUGAUACCUCUGAAUGUAAAUAAGUGAUUUAUUUCUUGUAUAAGUAUUC